AUGCUCGACGCCCAAGCAAAGGAUUCAGAGUCGACCUUUUUUCCUGAUGAAGAAGCUACGAACUCUUUCGGUACGGACUCUGAUAACAAGUCAACGGCCUCCUGUCUUUCUCUUGGUCCCGUAGAACUGAACCAUGUAGUGAGAGCACCUAGACCUUCUUUGAUUACAGAAAGCCAAGAUGACAAUUUCUUGAGUCGCGCUUCUGUAUUCAGAUCAUCAGAGAACCCCAAAAUAUGCCUGUCUCUAACUGGACCUUGUAGAGUGGUUCCUGCCGACAGGUACAAGGCUCGUGAAACAAACUCUCUGCUCAUUUUCGGAAGUUACGAGCCAGUUCCGCUAGUUCUUUUCCCGACAGAAGCCAUGCCAAAAGCCCAAGACACAGUCAUUCAACAAAAUGUUGGAGGUAGCUGGAAAAAUACUAUGCAAAGCUUGCGAAAUUUUUUCUGUUCUUGUUUAUUUCUCUUAAGAAGUUUCAUAAUUACUUUUUCUUUCUUUCUUUCUUUCUUUCUUUCUUUCUUUCUUUUUUCUUUCUUUCUUUCUUUCUUUUCCAAUUUUCUUUCUUUCUUUUGUUCAACCAAUCUUCCUUUAUUUUUUACCUAUCUUACCUUAUCCAUCAUUCUUUCUUUCUUUCUUUCUUUCUUUCUUUCUUUCUUUCUUUCUUUCUUUCUUUCUUUCUCCUGUCCUUCAUCCCUCCGAUUUUCUUAA